CGAUGGUUGUCGUGAACCAUGAAGCGCAGUAAGAACCGUGGACAAAAGGAGGACAGAAAUGGAGAUGAGCCAGCAAUUUUGGAGACAGAGGACCUGGAUCGCCAGGGCAUGUUCAUGGGUGGAGGCAUGGACCCUGACACCAUCUCACUGGCCUCAGUCACAGCUGUCACCACCAACGUGUCUAAUAAGAGGUCAAAGCCAGACAUCAAGAUGGAGCCCAGCUCUGGAAGACCAGUAGACUAUCAGGUCAGUGUGACAGUGAUUGAAGCCAGACAGCUGGUGGGCUUGAACAUGGAUCCAAUGGUUUGCGUGGAGAUCGGAGAAGAUAAAAAGUACACCUCAAUGAAGGAAUCAACCAACUGCCCAUAUUACAACGAAUAUUUUGUGUUCGACUUCCACGUCCCUCCAGAUGUUAUGUUUGACAAAAUCCUGAAAGUGUCUGUAGUGCACUCCAAAAAUCUUCUGCGUAGUGGGACCUUGGUUGGAAGUUUUAAAAUGGAUGUAGGCACAAUCUACUCCCAGCCUGAUCAUCAGUUUUACCACAAAUGGGCUCUCUUGUCUGACCCUGAUGACAUCACAGCUGGCUGUAAGGGCUACGUUAAAUGUGAUAUUGCAGUUGUGGCUAAAGGGGACACUAUAAAAACUCCACACAAGGCAAAUGAAUCUGAAGAAGAUGACAUAGAGGGGAAUCUCUUAUUACCUGAGGGGGUGCCUGCAGAGAGGCAGUGGGCUCGUUAUUACUUGAAGAUCUACAGAGCUGAGGGGCUUCCCAGAAUGAACACCAGCAUCAUGGCGAAUGUGAAAAAGGCCUUCAUAGGAGAAAAUAAGGACCUGGUUGAUCCUUAUGUCCAAGUACAGUUUGCUGGGCAGAAGGGGAAAACAUCAGUUCAGAAGAGCUGCUAUGAGCCUAUCUGGAACGAGCAAAUUGUUUUCACUGAGAUGUUUCCACCACUCUGCAAACGUAUAAAGAUCCAGCUCCGAGAUUCGGAUAAAGUGAAUGAUGUUGCAAUAGGAACGCACUUCUUAGACCUGCGCAAGCUUUCUAACGAUGGGGACAAAGGCUUCCUUCCGACUCUUGGGCCUGCUUGGGUGAACAUGUAUGGCUCCACUCGUACCUACACCCUGAUGGACGAAUACCAGGAGUUAAAUGAUGGACUUGGAGAGGGCGUGUCCUUCAGAGCCCGUCUGCUCAUCAGCCUUGGCAUGGAGCUCCUGGACACCUCCUCCCCUGAAAUUACCAGCUCCACAGACGUGCAGAUGGAGGGAAUACCCAACAUCUCAGAGACUGCCACUGGAAAGGUUGAGGAAUUUUUCCUCUUCAGUUCCUUCCUGGAGGCCACAAUGGUUGAUAGAAAGAUUGGUGAUAAGCCCAUACACUUUGAGGUCACCAUAGGUUAUUAUGGAAAUGAGAACGAUGGAGUUGUCAAACCAAAAACAAAGGGGAAGAAGGGCAAUGGAGACGAAGAGGAAACUGAACUGAUCAACAAUUCCAGUGAAGAGGAGAUGGACGACGAUGGAGACCUGCAGUCAGUGGCAACAACCCCACCCAUGAAACCUGUCAUCACAGACCGAAACUAUUUCCAUCUGCCAUAUUUUGAGAGGAAGCCGUGCAUUUACAUCAAGAGCUGGUGGCAAGACCAGAGAAGGAGGCUGUAUAAUGCCAACAUCAUUGACAACAUUGCUGAUAAACUGGAGGAUGGACUGAAUGAUGUGCAAGAGAUCAUUAAAACAGAGAAGGCCUAUCCCGAGCGCAGGCUUAGAGGUGUUCUUGAGGAACUCAGCCAAGGAUGCAGUCAGUUUCUUUCAUUGGCAAACAAGGACCAGAGUCAGUCGGGCAGAACCAAACUUGACAAGGAGAGACUGAAGCUGUGCUUGUCGGAAGUGGAAGCCAUUGGUCAGCAAGCUAAGACCAUGAGGUCACAGGUGAAAAAAAGCACAGUGAGAGAUAAGCUGAAGCUGGCUCAGAACUUCCUGUCGAAGCUGCGCUUUCUGGCUGAGGAACCUCAACACAGCGUUCCAGAUGUUUUCAUAUGGAUGAUAAGCAAUGGAAAGCGUAUUGCUUAUGCACGUGUCCCCUCCAAGGACAUCCUUUAUUCCAGCAUAUACGAGGAGAAGGGAAAAGACUGUGGGAAAGUCAAAACAAUCUUUCUCAGGAUCCCUGGUAAAAAGGGCUUUGGACCAGCUGGGUGGACAGUGCAAUCCAAGAUAGAGAUUUAUCUGUGGCUGGGUCUGAGCAGGCAGCGCAAAGACUACCUGAGUGGCUUACCUAAUGGAUUUGAGGAAAAUAAGUUGUCCAGAGGACCCGGCUUGCCAGCCUCACCACCCAUCAGCCUCACCUACAUGAUGAAACAAAUCUUCCAGCUGAGGGUCCACAUGUACCAGGCUCGCAGCCUGUUCGCCGCUGACAGCACAGGUCUGUCCGAUCCAUUUGCAAGAGUUUUCUUCUCAUCGCAAAGCCAAGUCACUGAGGUGCUGGCUGAGACCCUCUGCCCCACGUGGGAUCAGCUGCUGGUUUUUGAGAAUGUGGAGUUGUUUGGGGAGGCCAGUGAACUGAGAGAUGACCCUCCUAUUAUUGUCAUUGAGCUCUAUGAUCAAGACACAGUGGGUAAAGCUGACUUCAUGGGCAGAACCUUUGCUAAGCCUGUGGUCAAAAUGGCCGAUGAGCACUACGGUCCCCCACGUUUUCCUCCCCAACUGGAGUACUAUCAGAUCUACCGUGGAAACUGCACUGCUGGAGAAAUGCUGGCAGCCUUUGAACUGCUGCAGAUUGGCCCCAAUGGAAAAGCUGACCUACCUCCCAUAGAUGGUCCUACAGAUAUAGACCGUGGCCCAAUCCUCCCAGUACCACUGGGGAUCAGACCAGUGCUCAGCAAGUACAGGAUUGAAGUUUUGUUCUGGGGCUUGAGGGACCUGAAGAGGGUGAAUCUCGCCCAGGUGGACCGGCCUCGUGUGGACAUUGAAUGUGCUGGAAAGGGAGUUCAGUCUGCCCUCAUCUCCAACUACAGGAAAAACCCCAACUUCAGCACUCUUGUCAAGUGGUUUGAAGUGGACUUGCCUGAAAAUGAGUUGCUUCACCCGCCGCUGAACAUCCGAGUAGUGGACUGUAGAGCUUUUGGCCGCUACACUUUGGUUGGCUCUCAUGCUGUCACCACUCUGCGGAAGUUCAUCUACAGGGGAGCUGACAAGCAAGCCAACAACUGGUCCACUACAGAGGAAAUUAUUGUUGUCAGCAUGGAUUCUGAGCCUUCUUUUAAGAAAGUGGAAACUGUUGUCAAACUUGACUGUGGCUCUGAUGCUGUGGUCAAAGUUGAGGAUGAUGACAAGGAUGGCAAAGGGAAGAAAAAGAAGAGGAAGAAGGGGGAUGAGAUGGAGGAAGAGGAACUUGAUGAGAGCAUGCUGGACUGGUGGUCCAAAUAUUUUGCUUCCAUUGAAACUUUGACAGAGUCACUCAAGGCUCAAGAGGCAGCUCUCUCAGACUCAGAGGACAAAGAUGACAUGGACAUUGCAGAUGGUGGAGAUAUCAAACCUGAUGACUCUCCUGUGAAAGGCACAAAGAAGGGAAAAGGAAAGAAAGAUAAGAAGAAACCAGCAGUCGACCCUUAUGAGAAGAAAAAGCCAAAGCUGGAUGAGCUGAAGGUGUAUCCUAAGGAACUGGAAAGCGACUUUGGUAACUUUGAGGACUGGCUGCACAGUUUUAACCUGUACAGGGGAAAAGCCGGUGAUGAUGAUGAUCAGAAUGUGACAGAUGAAGAUAGGAUUGUUGGAAAAUUCAAAGGUUCGCUGUGCAUGUACAAAGUGUCGGAUGAUAUGCCAAGAGACAUGAACUUUGAUUCCAACAUGGGAAUGUUUAAUAACAUUCCUAGCAAUGAUCCCAUUAACGUCCUUGUUCGGAUCUAUGUCAUCAGGGCAACUGAUCUGCAUCCAGCAGACAUAAACGGUAAAGCCGACCCCUACAUUGCAAUAAGACUUGGAAAAACAGAGAUAAAAGACAAAGAGAACUACAUCUCAAAACAGCUGAACCCACUGUUUGGCAAAUCUUUUGAUGUGGAUGCCACAUUCCCAAUGGAUUCCACAUUAACUGUGUCAAUUUAUGACUGGGACUUGGUGGGAACUGAUGAUCUCAUUGGAGAAACCAAAAUUGACCUCGAGAACCGUUUCUACAGCAAACACAGAGCCACGUGUGGUAUCACACGCGCCUACCUGUGUAAGGAUGGCAAACUGGACGGGCCUCACUAUGGUCCUGCAGGAAGAGUGAAGGUGGAGAAUCGUGUCUUCAUGGCACCAACAGAGAUAGAGGAUGAAAAUGGUCUGAAGAAGCAGACAGAUGAACACCUUGCCCUUACUGUGCUGAACCACUGGGAAGAAAUUCCACGAGCUGGCUGCAAGCUCAUCCCAGAACACGUGGAGACCAGACCGCUGCUCCACCCUGAUAAACCAGGAAUUGAGCAAGGAAGAAUUGAGAUGUGGGUGGAUAUGUUCCCUAAAGAUAUGACAGCACCUGGUCCUGCACUUGACAUUUCACCAAGGAAACCAAAAAAGUUUGAACUGAGGGUCAUAAUUUGGAACACAGAUGAAGUCGUUCUGGAGGAUGAUGACAUCUUCACUGGCGAGAAAUCUAGUGAUAUAUUUGUGCGAGGUUGGUUAAAAGGACAGCAGGAGGACAAACAGGACACUGAUGUCCAUUAUCACUCCAUCACUGGGGAGGGGAAUUUCAACUGGCGCUUCAUCUACCCGUUUGAUUACCUCAUGGCGGAGGAGAAGAUCGUCAUCUCAAAAAAAGAGUCCAUGUUUGCAUGGGAUGAGACUGAGUACAAGAUCCCUGCUCGUCUUAACCUGCAAGUGUGGGAUGCCGACCAUUUCUCAGCAGAUGAUUUCCUGGGUGCAAUUGAGCUGGACUUGAACCGUUUCCCACGUGGCGCCAAGACUCCCAAGCAGUGUACCAUUGAAAUGGUGACAAAUGAAGGAGAGAUGCCCAUGGUCUCCAUCUUCAAACAGAAGAGGAUCAAAGGCUGGUGGCCCUUUGUGGCCAGGAAUGAAGAUGAUGAGUUUGAGCUUACGGGAAAAGUGGAAGCAGAACUGCACCUUCUGACAGGAGAGGAGGCAGAGAAAAGUCCAGUUGGUGAAGGACGAAAUGAACCAGAACCACUGGAGAAACCCAACCGUCCAGAUGUUGCCCUCCUCUGGUUCCUCAUCCCCUUCAAAGCUGCGAAACACCUGAUUUGUGACCAGUACAGGUGGCUUACCAUCAAGAUUGUCACUGCUCUUCUCCUGCUGGCCAUCUUUGCUCUUUUCAUAUACAACAUGCCUGGAUACAUGGUGAAGAAGAUGCUGGGAGCUUAA